GAGAUCCAACUGAAUCUUCGGGAAAAAUUUGAAUUUUUACCCAGGAAUUUUUUUUUUUUUUUUUAAACAGCGUGGCAUGGUUUCACCUGGCAACUGACUACGUGCCCUGAAUGAAGAGGAUGCGUUAAACUGGAUGUUGUUGUUAAAGACAUAGCUGUGAUUAAAAACAAUGACAACCGCUGUCAACACCUGUCUCCGAACGUGAAGAGGGUUCCUCUCUCUGUGAGGUACAAAGGAAGAAAAAUGCGACGUUUUAGAGCUUCUGCUUCGGGUCAUUUGAAUCUCCAAAGCCCCUGAGUCAGGAAUUUAUCCUUCACCCCCCCUCCUUUCAGAUAUAGACUUGUUGUCUUCUGCAGCGCAGCGAGGAGGAUGCUGUUUGCCCUUCAUGUGAUUGUCAUGUCUUCGGCUUUUUUCAAUCCCAGCUUCGCCUUCAGCUCCCACUUUGAUGCAGAUGGGACGCCACUGAGUGAGCUGUCCUGGCCCUCUUCUUUAGCAGUCGUAGCCAUCUCCUUCUCUGGUCUCUUCACGUUUGUCUUCCUCAUGUUGGCCUGCCUUUGCUGCAAGAAGGGAGACAUUGGCUUCAAGGAAUUUGAAAACACAGAGGGAGAAGAGUACCAGGCAGACCUCUCCGCUCUGGCCUCGCCUUCCUCUCAGAAUGGGCCUGAGGUUUACAUCCUUCCCCUCACCGAGGUCUCCCUCCCCGUCUCAAAACAGCCUGGAAGAUCAAUACAGCUGUUGAAAUCGUCUGACAUUGGCCGCCACAGUCUGCUGUAUCUGAAAGAGAUCGGACAUGGCUGGUUUGGAAAAGUUCUGUUGGGGGAGGUCUCUGCAGGCGUCAGCACCACCCAGGUAGUGGUGAAGGAGCUGAAGGCCAGUUCAAGCGUUCAGGAUCAGAUCCAAUUCCUGGAAGAGGCUCAGCCAUAUAGAAGCCUUCAGCACCCUGCCCUCCUGCAGUGCCUGGCACAGUGUUCUGAGGUCACUCCCUAUCUGCUGGUCAUGGAGUUUUGUCCUUUGGGGGAUCUUAAGAAUUACCUCAGCAGCUGUCGGGCGACUGACUCUGAGACUCUAGACGCCUUGAUUCUCCAGAGAAUGGCUUGCGACAUCGCUUCAGGGCUUGUUCACCUUCACAAAUAUAAUUUUAUCCACAGUGAUCUGGCCCUGCGAAACUGCCUUCUUACUUCAGAAAUGUCUGUCAAGAUCGGCGACUACGGGCUGUCUCACAGCCAAUAUAAGGAUGACUACUUCAUCACACAAGACCAGAUUUGGGUUCCUCUGCGCUGGAUCGCACCGGAACUCAUAGAUGAGGUCCAUGGAAACCUGCUGGUUGUUGAUCAAACCAAAAGCAGCAACAUAUGGUCUUUGGGUGUGACUUUAUGGGAGCUUUAUGAGCUGGGAAACCAACCAUACAGACAAUAUUCUGACAGACAAGUGUUGACAUAUGCUGUAAAGGAGCAGCAGCUUAAACUACCCAAACCCCACCUGCAGUUCCCCCUGGAUGACCGCUGGUAUGAAGUUAUGCAGUUCUGCUGGCUACAGCCAGAGCUAAGGCCAAGCAGUGAGGAAGUCCACCUUCUGGUCACCUACUUGUGUGCUAAAGGCUCAAGUGAAGCUGAGGAAGACUUUGAGCAACGCUGGAAUGCCUUGAAACCCAAUUUGCUUGGCAGCACAUCGCACACAGCUGCGUCCACAUCCUUGGUUUUCACUCCCACCCGUGCUGACAUCCACAGCGCAGACCUAACUCAGACAAUGGAGCUGGCCUCCUCCGCUUCAUCCUCCUUUCCCCUCCUGGAGCACUUUUCUGACGGCUUUCACUCUGACACAGGGGAUGACCUCCUGACCGUCACCGAGACAAGCCAUGGUCUAAACUUUGAGUACAAGUGGGAGCCAGCCAGAGCUGAACAGCCCUAUUGUUCCUCCUCCACUAGUGGACAACUAGGCCAGGAGAACCCACACUACCAAGAUAUUUAUUAUUCUAACACAGGAAGUACCUCAAUGGGCUGCAAGACUGACAUUCUGAUGUCAAGCAAGUCCUCAUCCUAUUAUGAAUCUGAGCACACUAGUGUUGUCCCAGUGCUGAGUGCCCACAGCCCCUCUAUUAGCAAUGAGUACUACAUUCGCAUUGAAGAACCUGUCCAGUGCAACCUCAAAUUUGAUGAUGACACUGGGGACUACAGUUCAGAAAUGGAACUUGCUAACAGAGAGUUGCCAUCUGAGAAUCAAUCCAGCUCUUACUGGUCCACCACGAACAACGUGAAAUCAAAUGAUUCGAGUCCAAACAUUCAGCUACAAACACAUCCACUACUGAGCCCCUCAUCUAAUGGCAGUCUAGUAAAAUCAGGUUGUUCUUACAAUUCAGUUCCACCCUAUAGCAUUAAUAAUAAUGCAGUCUCCUCUGACGAAUCGCUGGAACCUGAGCUACAGAGGCCAUCCUCUCCCUCUAUACUUGAAAAGUCACAAGAGAUUCAAACAAACCCUCCUCAUAUGGGCGGUCUGUUAGAAAACCCAUGCAGUUUGUCACAGGCUGUCAGCAGCCCCAGUUUAGGAUUCUGCGAUCCUUACCUUGAACAGCACACAGGUCAUAGCACAGUCAACGAAAGCUGCCAUAAUAUGUUGGGCCCCCUGAAAAAAACACUACCUAUUGUAAACCACGUUGGCAACGAUGUAGGAGACAAUGAUGACCUACAGUUCAGUCGGUGGAAAAGUAGAGAAGUUGAGGACAAAACCAACUGGAUCUCAAACCAUUCGGCAAACAAUAACAGUACUGACAGCAGGCAUACAGGGAGUGGGAAUGACAAUUGCAUAACUCUUCAUUCAGAUGCAACAGAUGCAUGGGCUUUAACCAAAGCCACCACAAGAACCUUCCAAAGCUUUAAGCCUUGUGGCACCUUGGGGGUCAGUGACGAAAGCCCUGAAUGGAGUGCAUCUUGCAUUUCUGUUGGGUUAGACUCAUAUAUUCAGAUAUGCCACAAAGAAUCAGCUCAAGAAAAACCUGCAAGUUUGGAUAAUUUUCAAAGCAACAAUGCUCUCACCAGCUCCAGCAAGACAACAAGCUGUGCAAAGGAUGGAGAAAUAGAACCUCAGACUGACCAAACAAGAACCUUGUCUGAUAUGCAGCAAGGCAACACCUGGGAGGGAGUUUCAGCUGGAAAAUCCAUUAGUCUUAGUGACUUAAUGUUGAGUUAUGCAGAUUCAUCCAAAAGUAGCAGGAGCCAGCAGCCUGCAGUAGAUGUUAGGGACCCCAGCAGCUGCCUGGUUGAUCUUGGUGACUACAGUGAGGAUGAAGAAGAUGACAUGAAUGAUAUUACAUCUGGGAUCUUUGCUGACUUCAACCUUGAUCUUAGUGAGGUUGAGGAGGAAGACAUCAGCCCCAAAAAGAUUUCAGAGGGGAAUACAGACACUUUGGGUGCCAUUAAUGUGCUUUCAUCUGUAGCAAGCUCCUGUGACCAGGCCUUUAGUCCCGAUCCUUACAACACACCCAUACUGCCCAAAUCUCUGGAUAGUGGCUAUGACACAGAAAACAAUGAAUCCCCAGAGUUUAUGUUCAAAGAGCUUGGAGAUGCACUAGAUUGUGAAAGUUGCCCAAGGCUAGGUGGAGAAUCUGAAAUUGGUCUUCAUGUCGGUUUAGGGCAGAGUAUCUGCACUUCAAUAGUCACCUCAGAGCCACAUGUGAAGAGUCUUGUUGAUAACAAUCCAUACAGGGACUCUGCGUAUUUCUCUGACUUUGAUGUAGAAAGUGAGAGGAGUCCCAAAGACAAAGAUGCAAGGAGAAGUUUCUUUGCAGCUCCAGGAAAACCUUACACUCCAAGCUCUGCAGGAGACCAUACUCUUGAAAACAAUCUAAAAAAUCUGAGACAUCUCAAAAGUUGCAUUUCGGUAAAUCCCUCAGAAGCCAAAUUAUAUUUAACACAAAAUAUCCAAACCCCUGAGUUGUCCAUGCUGUCGCCAUUUCCUCCACAGAUGGGUGGGUGUCUCACCAAAGAAUCUGCUCCUGCUGAUGAUGAUCUGGGGUUAAACACAGAGCAUUCGGGGGAUGAUCCUGCAUCUGAGUUCAACUCCCUCCAUGGGUCAGAACCUUCCUCCUCUGUCAUAGAAGCCUCUGCAAACCAUGGAGAGGGUAGCACAGAAGCAGGGAGCAGCUCAUCUAUCAAUUCAUUAGUCUCUGGUUGCUCCAUAAAUGAAUGCAGAGAUAAUCCAUGUGAAGAAAAUGAAAACGUGGAGGAAUCCACUGAGGAGGAAGAGGUGCCAAAACAGAUUAAUGUCAUUGAGAAGGAAGAGCAUCAAAGAGAGGGUGGGAGAAUUAACGAAGAGGAGUUUGAGGACAUUGAUGCAGAGGACUGUGAAAGUUUAUGUGAGGAAUCUAACAGCCCUCAUGAUCUUUCCACCUCCUCAUCAUUAUUGGAGCUUUGUGGAGAAGAGGUGAGAGCUCCUCUGGAAGAGGCUGAGGAUGAAGAUGACUCCGAUGACAGCGAGUCUGAUGAAGAGCUGAGAACCUACAACAUCCAAGGUGAAGACAGCGAGGAGAGUGAGGAAGAUUUCACCUCAGUGCCGGUGGUAGUAAGUGAAAGCAGCAAGGUGAAACACCUCCGCAGCCUCCUGAAGAUGCCUUCCCUGCUGACCCAAUCCUUCUGUGACGAGUUGGAGAGAAAGAAAAAAGCUGUUUCCUUUUUUGAUGAUGUCACAGUAUUCCUUUUUGACCAGGAGAGCCCCACCGGAGAACUUGCGGACUGUUCAUUUUCCACUGGAGAACAGCCCAUUGAGCAGGAAACAUCAAAUUUAGAUCUUAAAGGUUGUGAUACUCACUGUUUUUCUACAGAAACAGAUGGAAACAGCUCAGCACAGGAUGGUAAUAACAGAUGGGAAGAUGAGCAGUCAGUGGACACCUCCUCAUCCUCUCCUCAUAUCCCCGAUCCUGUGUCCUCACACUCCUCUGUCACAGAUACAGUUGAAGUUCCCAAACCAGCUGUGAUUCCUCUGAACCGUUUCAUGGUCUCUCGGUUCUCCAUCACACAUGUGUCUGACUCCCAUUCAGGCACAACAACAGGGAGCAAUGAAGAUAACCCAAGCAACUGAAUCUUGCAGGAAAGACCAGAAGAAGAGAAGCAGAGAAGCAUUAUUAUAUAUUAAAGAUGAUUUACAGAGUUUAUUUUGUAGUAUUUGGGAUAUCUGAAUAUGAGACACUCUAUGAGAUGGUGGCUCAUAUUGUGGUUGAAAACCUAAUUGAUUUGCACAAACUUUACUUCUUGACAUAUGUGCAAUAGCAGUAGGAAUGGAAUUUUGAUUGCAGAUAAAAUUUAUAUGUUUGAAGGGGAAAAAAUAAUUUUAUUAGCUUAAAUAUUUUGCUUAAUGAAUGCUGGCAAUCCUUAUGGUAACAGAUUUUUCUUUUUAAUGCGCAAGACAAAAAUGGGAAAAUAAGAACAGGCUUCAUUGUCAUUUCUCCCAUUGGCUGCCUUAUUACUUACGCUUUGAAACUAGUUCUGGCAACUUUAGGACUGUUACAGAAUUCAUAAGAAGAAAAUGACUUGAAAAUUGUUCCAUUAAAGGUCAAGGGGAAAUAAAUUCUGUAUCAUUUUCCAUAUUGAGCUGAUUAUGGCACUUCUGUACAAAAACUUACAGAUGUAGGCCAGUUCCAGAAUCACCAUCACUAGACACUUUUGAUUAUUUAGCACUUUGUGUAGCCUUAGUUGCUCUCCAAUUUAUUGUACUAGAAUAAAUUAGCUGAACACAAGUCAUUGUCAUUCAUAGUACAAGGUUUGUUUAAAUCUAAACUUUUUUUUUAGAAAAAAAUCAGACUAAGAUGUUUUUCCACAAAACUGUGUGGUGUCACCGUAAACAUCUCAGUCAUAAAGGUGGAAUGUCACUUCUCAUGUUAAAAUAUAUUUUCUAAGAAAAAAAAAAAAAGAAAAAAAAAGAGACACAUGAUAUUGCAGUUUUGGUGAAUGUCUACUCCUGAGGUGAAACCAAGACAUUCAGAAAAGGACAUUCUGGUAUAUUAUAUGAAUAUUAUAUCAACAUGUAGCAGGUAGCUUGAGUAGAAUUAUUACUGCUGUAUUCACUGUUGUAUUCCCUCCUCUGUGCAUCCUUCUGUAGAUCCAAGUUUCAAUGCCCCCCACCCACCCACUUUGCCUUUUAAGUUGUGCAAGAUUGAAAAACUGUUGCCAGUAUUUUUGUACACGGAUUUAAAAAAACAAUGCAUCUAGGAUGAAAGUUUAUUGAAUUUGCCAAAGAAAAACUGCAAAGCCUGUUGGCUUUUAAAUGGUGGAUGCCUUUGGGGAAGACGAGGUUGCUCUAUGCACCAGAAGUGACAUUGUUGCUGUUUCCAUUUAUUCCUCAUUCAUUGCUGUUGUACUAUCCACGCCCUUCAAAAACCUGAAUAAAUUCAAGUACUUUUUUUCCCCCUCUUGCAUCUGUGGUAUAUUAAAUCAAGUUUACAUCUGCUUUUUUCUGUUUGAAACAAGUAGUAAAAAGUGGGGGUUAAAAACAAAGAUGGAAAUAAGACAACUGCGCAAGUUUAAAUUUAUUUGAUACGUUUAAUUUAAAUGCAUUUCUUUAAAGAAUGGAUACAGUACAAACAGAAACAGAAGGGAGAAAUAAAGACAAGGGCAGCCAUGUUUAAUUCAGUUUUGUACAAAACAAAUAGAUAUUAAAUUGUGACAUAAGUGUGAUCACAUCAGGUUAAGGACUAGUUAAAAAAAAAAAAAA